AUGAACUAUCUCGCUCCUACGGACUACAACUAUGAAAAAGCGGUAGCAUUCAUCAGAGAUGCCGCUUCUCAGGGAUGUGACCUUGCCGUGCUUCCAGAAUAUCACCUUACUUCAUGGGUCCCGGAUGAACCUGAAUUUCUUUCACUAUGUCACCACGAUGUCACAUCGAAAUACGUCUCCGGUUAUCAAUCUCUCGCCUCUGAACUCAAAAUAUCCAUCGUCCCAGGCACAAUCUGCACCUUGCACCCCGAAACAUCCCUCCUCCACAACACAGCACAUUUCAUAUCCCCAGAAGGCAAAAUUCUCUCUUCCUACACCAAAAAGAAUCUCUGGCAUCCAGAACGUCCACACCUAACAUCAUCAACCCAUGACCCACACACCACUUUUGAGUCUCCGCUCGGUAAAAUCGGAAUGCUUAUUUGCUGGGAUGCCGCGUUUCCAGAAGCUUUCCGGGAGCUCAUUUCUCAAGGCGCAAAACUCAUCAUCAUUCCCACGUUCUGGACUCUUAGCGACUGUACACCCGCAGGCUUGGCACGCAACCCGCUUUCCGAAGAAUUAUUUGUUCAAUCUAUGUUAACCUCCAGAGCAUUUGAAAAUACCUGCGGAAUUGUGUUCUGUAAUGCCGGAGCACCAAUACGAAAGGGUAAAGAGAAUGCAGGAUUUCUGGGUAUCAGUCAAGUUACCGUACCAUUUCAAGGAGCCUUGGGUAGAAUGGGACGAGAGGAGGGGAUGAAUGUGGUAGAGCUGGAUAUGCAGAUUUUGGAAGAGGCGGAAGAAGCAUAUAAGGUGCGUAUGGAUAUGGAAGGGAAGGAUUGGCAUUAUGCACAUACUCUGAAAAGAACAAUUAGCAAUGAAGGAACUGAGGGCCUUUUUAAUCAAAAUCCAUUUUUUCAAUAA